AUGGGUUUGCCUCGUCCGAAUGAUUGUGGGAUAGCUUCAAGGUUUUAUGAAAACCCCGAAAUUAUAGCAAAUUUUGAUCCAGUGAGGACUUGGCUCACAAGGAAUCACAAAAAAUAUACCCAGGCUGAACCACCGACCAACAAAAGCCUUGCCGGUCUCUGUUACAAUCUGUUGAUGUUUCAGGAACAACACUUUGGAAGGAAUGUAGGCUGUAGUAUAUUUUUCUUAUUUCUCUCUAAGGCCUCCUCUCCAAAACUUCCAUCAAGAUUAUUUGUCGACUUCAAACCUGGUGGUUCUUUGUGCUACAUAUUUCUUAUCUGUUUGAGAUAUCGUCACGAUCAAGGCUGGAGAAAGUUGGAUUUUAGUUCUCCAAGGCUUGAUAAGUUUAUGGAAAUGUUUGACAAUAUAAAACGAGAACUGGCUCAUCAGCACUUGUGGUCGAAUCCUUGUGUCUAUUUUGCUAACAUUAAUGAGCCGCUUCUCGGUCGAUUGCGAGAGGGCGCUAUGUUUUUGGGCGCUACUAUCGCCAAAUCCCCUGAGGAAUCAACCCAUUGCAUUCAUCCCCCUCCCGACAAUUGGCCCGGCGAUAGUCGUGAUGAUUCCGUUUGUCAACGGUUUCGUCCCAUCUUUAAGGAGGGUCGUGGUCUCCUCUUACAUUGGCUUUUCUCUCCGGGUUCUUUUGAUAGCUGGCACACAAAUCUUCCUGUUGAGUGGCCACUAAACAUCGAACCUGAACCCAGAGUGCCCGGAGGUACGCCUUGGAACGUCGAUGCAAGGUGGCUUCUUUACUCUGCUGAUCAUCGUGAGUGGAUGUUGGAGGAGGAUUUCCUUCACCCAGAUGAAGAAUUUUUGGAAGCAGCAAAUGCUCAACAAGCGCAAACUCCUGCUUCCACCUGGACCAGCUCCUUCUCUGCCUCCUCCCUUUCUGCUUCUCCACACAUAGUUGCGGCUCCUUCUGUCGCCCCGCCAACGCCUUCUGAAUCCAGCUACAAGAAAAAGCGAAAACGGUCUCCCUCCCCUUCGAGUGAGUCCUAUGGUGGUAGUGGUGGCGGUGUUGGUAGCAAAAAGCGCCGGCAUGGUUCCAUUGUUCCCUCAGGCUCUUCUUCCAAGCUUGUUUCCUCCGCCAGGAAGAUGAAAAAGGAAGACUACAUGGAACUUACACCUGAGGAUCAGAAAGAUGAGAACACCAAUGACACGGGCGACUUGACACGCUCUUUGGACGAUCCGGAGCCGCCAAACAAGGUGACUCAAGUGGCUCCUGGCACUCCAGUUAGCAUGACAUCGAGAAAUUCGCGCACCUCUCUUGCUACGGCUGAUCUAUCUGCUGGUGACCACCACAUAAAUUCAGACCACACCAGCGAGGCCACUGGAGCUACCGACGUCGUCGGCGGUGGCGCCGGUGAUCAGGCGGGAGCUGGCGACUUGAGCGUGAUCGAGCAGGCGCAUUGCAUCGUGGUGCCCUCCUACUCCGCCUGGUUCGACUACAACGCUAUUCACGCCAUUGAACGUCGGUCUCUACCCGAGUUCUUCAACGGAAAAAACAAGAGCAAGACUCCCGAGACCUACUUGGCAUACCGCAACUUCAUGAUCGACACAUACCGUCUCAACCCCCAAGAGUAUCUCACCUUUACUGCGUGUCGACGUAACCUCACAGGCGAUGUGUGCAGCGUGCUGCGCGUGCACGCUUUCCUCGAACAAUGGGGUUUGAUCAAUUACCAGGUUGCUGCUCCACUAUUACCAUCCGGCGGCGCUUCGCAAAUGCCUUCUGAGGCCGCCCGCCUUGCCGUUGCUGCAAGCCUCGGUCCGCCAUCUACCGCCCACUUUAAUGUUCUCACCGAUAGUGCCAGCGGUUUGCAGCCUCUAGGAAGCCAGAACCAAGCCGCUAUGGCAACCCUUGCUGAAGAAGCGGCGAAACAGUCCAAGGAACAGGUCGGUGAAUUGGGAAAGACUGAGGGGACUGACAGUGAGACCAAAAUUGGCGUUAAGCCUGAGCUCGAUUUGGAGGGCCGGCCUUCCACAGUGCAGCCAGGACAGGCGUUGCCUGUAGGGUCGGUUGUAGGUGGUGGUCCUCCACCAUCAACCGGUGAUCCCCUCCUCCGUAGCGAUCAAUAUUUGUCGGGCAAUAGCGAGGCAGGUGGAGUCGCGGCUACCAUAGUGACCAAUCAAAUUCUCACCAAGGGUGCAACGAAAGACGGUUGGACGGACCAGGAGACUCUGCUUCUUCUUGAAGCUCUUGAAAUGUACCGCGACGAUUGGAACAAGGUGGCGGAACACGUAGGCAGUCGCACACAAGACGAGUGCAUUCUCCACUUCCUUCGCCUGCCCAUAGAAGACGCCUAUCUGGAGGGUGAUUUCGGUAGUAUCUGCUGCUCUGCGCUGGCAGACGCUGCCCACCCCCAACCCCCAUUUUCCAAAGCGGGAAAUCCCAUUCUCUCCACAGUAGCAUUCCUCGCUGCCGUGGUUGAUCCACGCGUCGCUGCCAGCGCAGCUUCAGCGGCGUUGAAGGAGUACGCUCAGAUGCGGGAAGAGGUUCCUGCGGGUCUGCUGCACGAGCACAAAGCUCGCGUUCAGGCCGCCGUGCGCAUGGGCCGUGAGGUGGAUCCCAACAAGUUUGGUCUCGAUGAGCUUGGCAUCGUCAAGUCGGAGGAUAGCAAAAGGAGGGCUACUGGAGAAGGAGAGGAAGAACAGCAACAGCCGAAAGAAGAAACCUCAGAGUCGGCAGAAAAACCGCUGGAGGAGAUGAAUGAAAGCACAAUUAUUCAGAAGGGAAGCAGCAGGAGUGAGGGAGAGGCGGGACAGGAGGUAAAGGAGGCAGAAACGGAGGAAGGGGGGAAAUCUGAGCAGACAACGAUGGAGGCAGAUGAAGUGGCACCAGUGAAGGGCGCAGCAGAGGAUGGUGGUGGAAGUGAGGUCGGAGCCAAAAAGAAGUCGGGUACGGCAUCGACAAACAGCCUUCCACCGAAUCUUGAUAGCCUGGGGACUGCGGCAGCAUGUGCGCUAGCUGCAGCCGCAACGAAGGCACGACACCUAGCCAGUGUGGAGGAGAAACGCAUCAAGGGCCUAGUCGCACAACUCGUGGAAACGCAGCUCAAGAAAUUGGAUAUUAAGCUCAAACAAUUCCAAGAACUAGAGGCUAUUCUUGAACGGGAGCACGAGAUGUUGGAGCAGGCUCGUCAACAGCUAAUGCAUGACCGACAGGCCUUCCACAUGGAGGUGAUUAAGACCAUGGAGAGUCAGGCUCGUGCAAUUGUUCAACAGCAGCAACAACAACAGGUUGUAGUUCAGCAGACGGCACCAAUACCGUCUCAAGUGGCAGCGCAGCCCCCACCACCGAAUAUCUCGCUUCAACAGAUUCGACCACAACAAGUACAGCUCCCUCCGCAACAACAACAAUUUCCUGCUCCACCACAGCUGCGUCCAGCUCCGAUGGCGCAGACGAGGCAACCAGAGAUGACUCCCGGCAUGGUUGUUGUUGGUCCACUAAAACUAGAGCCCUCAGUGGUUCCGCCAAUGUCGAUGGAACAGCAGCCACAGUUACAGCAACAGCAGUCAUCACUUAUGGCUGCCCCACCGGUUCCACAGCCCGGAAUGCCUGAUAUCACGAUGAAGACGGGGAUAAAGGCGUCAAUUGAGGAUGAGAUGCCUUCUGAUGCACUGCCACCACCUUCUAUGCUGACGGAAGAAGUGGAAGGAAAUAAAAAGGAAGAGAUGUCUAUUCCAGUUGAUUCACAGCAGCAUUUGUCACGACCCAUGGAACGGGACGAGGAUGGGGGGCAUAGUGUUGAUGAGACAGCAGGAGAGGGCGAGAGUGAAAUUGGUGGUGAGGUGGAAGGUGAAGAUGAUGAGGUUAUGGAAGAUGAGGAGGAGGAUGAGGCUUGA